GAUCGGCCCUGGAUACCCGUGUGGUGGCAACGGCGGUCGCGGGGGGGAUGUGCUGGUGGCCGCAACUCCAUCCUUUCACAGCCUGGCUCAUGUCAAUGGCCACGUGCAAGCGGAGGAUGGGUUGGCUGGCAAGAAGCAGAACCUCAAUGGAGACAGUGGUCGCAGCACGGUGAUCCAAGUCCCCCGCGGUGUGGUGGUGCGCGAGCUGCGCAUCGGAUCCACGUCUCCGGGGCAAAAGGAGGAGUUGGCGGACCUGGACAAGGUGGGCGAGUCGGUGCUGGUGGCCAAAGGUGGCCGUGGGGGCAUGGGCAACACCAUGGCGCGGCCCCACGAAUCCUCCGAUGGCCUGGCUGGAGAGGAGCGACGCAUCGAGCUGGAACUGAAGACCGUGGCGGAUGUGGGGCUGGUGGGCAUGCCCAAUGCUGGCAAGUCCACUCUGCUGGGCGCCGUGAGCCGCGCUUGUCCGAAGAUUGCACCAUAUCCCUUCACCACAGUGGCGCCCUAUGUGGGGAAGGUGGACUUUGUGGAUGGCUCCACGCUGACCAUGGCCGAUGCGCCCGGCCUGGUCGAGGGAGCACACCGAGGUGAAGGAUUGGGGCACGAGUUCCUGAGACACUUGGAGCGUACCAAGGUGUUGAUCUAUGUGGUGGAUUGCGCUCGCUCCACAGAUCCCUUCUUGGAUUUCCUCAGCUUGCAACGAGAGGUGCAGACCUUCUCCUUCGAGAUGGCGCUGAAGCCUUCGGCUGUGGUGGCCACGAAAUGUGAUGUGAAACCAGAAGAAACCUUGCCCAAAGUGGACAAGCUGUAUCGUUCUGUGCGCAGUGCCGAGCCAAGUCUUGGUUCCAGUGCGCCUCUCUUUGUUCGCGCCGUGUCGGCUCGCUUCGGCGAAGGCAUACCAGGCCUUCUGCAGGAGCUGCGGCUGAUCUUGCGUGGAGACCAUCAGAAGUGGAUUGAACGCCACGCUGCGGACACAAGUUCCUGGCAGGUGGCGUCCGGCGAUGGAUGAAAAAA